GGCCAACACGGGGACACAUCCCGGCCUCCAGGGCCAACACGGGGACACAUCCCGGCCUCCAGGGCCAACACGGGGACACAUCCCGGCCUCCAGGGCCAACACGGGGACACAUCCCGGCCUCCAGGGCCAACACGGGGACACAUCCCGACCUCCAGGGCCAACACGGGGACACAUCCCGGCCUCCAGGGCCAACACGGGGACACAUCCCGGCCUCCAGGGCCAACACGGGGACACAUCCCGGCCUCCAGGGCCAACACGGGGACACAUCCCGGCCUCCAGGGCCAACACGGGGACACAUCCCGGCCUCCAGGGUCAACACGGGGACACAUCCCGGCCUCCAGGGCUAACACGGGGACACAUCCCGGCCUCCAGGGCCAACACGGGGACACAUUCCGGCCUCCAGGGCCAACACGGGGACACAUCCCGACCUCCAGGGCCAACACGGGGACACAUCCCGGCCUCCAGGGCCAACACGGGGACACAUCCCGGCCUCCAGGGCCAACACGGGGACACAUCCCGGCCUCCAGGGCUAAAAAGAGAGCUUGGGUCAACACGGGGACACAUCCCGGCCUUCAGGGCUAACACGGGGACACAUCUCGGCCUCCAGGGCCAACACGGGAACACAUCCCGGCCUCCAGGGCCAACACGGGGACACAUCCCGGCCUCCAGGGUCAACACGGGGACACAUCCCGGCCUCCAGGGCCAACACGGGGACACAUCCCGCCCUCCAGGGCCAACACGGGGACACAUCCCGGCCUCCAGGGCCAACACGGGGACACAUCCCGGCCUCCAGGGCCAACACGGGGACACAUCCCGGCCUCCAGGGCCAACACGGGGACACAUCCCGACCUCCAGGGCCAACACGGGGACACAUCCCGGCCUCCAGGGCCAACACGGGGACACAUCCCGGCCUCCAGGCCCAACACGGGGACACAUCCCGGCCUCCAGGGCUAACACGGGGACACAUCCCGGCCUCCAGGGCCAACACGGGGACACAUCCCGGCCUCCAGGGUCAACACGGGGACACAUCCCGGCCUCCAGGGUCAACACGGAGCAACACAUCCCGGCCUUCAGGGCUAACACGGGGACACAUCCCGGCCUCCAGGGCCAACACGGGGACACAUCCCGGCCUCCAGGGUCAACACGGGGACACAUCCCGGCCUCCAGGGCCAACACGGGGACACAUCCCGGCCUCCAGGGCCAACACGGGGACACAUCCCGGCCUCCAGGGCCAACACGGGGACACAUCCCGGCCUCCAGGGCCAACACGGGGACACAUCCCGGCCUCCAGGGCCAACACGGGGACACAUCCCGGCCUCCAGGGCUAACACGGGGACACAUCCCGGCCUCCAGGGCUAACACGGGGACACAUCCCGGCCUCCAGGGCCAACACGGGGACACAUCCCGGCCUCCAGGGCCAACACGGGGACACAUCCCGGCCUCCAGGGCCAACACGGGGACACAUCCCGGCCUCCAGGGCCAACACGGGGACACAUCCCGGCCUCCAGGGCCAACACGGGGACACAUCCCGGCCUCCAGGGCCAACACGGGGACACAUCCCGGCCUCCAGGGCCAACACGGGGACACAUCCCGGCCUCCAGGGCUAACACGGGGACACAUCCCGGCCUCCAGGGCCAACACGGGGACACAUCCCGGCCUCCAGGGUCAACACGGGGACACAUCCCGGCCUCCAGGGUCAACACGGGGACACAUCCCGGCCUUCAGGGCUAACACGGGGACACAUCCCGGCCUCCAGGGCCAACACGGGGACACAUCCCGGCCUCCAGGGCCAACACGGGGACACAUCCCGGCCUCCAGGGUCAACACGGGGACACAUCCCGGCCUUCAGGGCUAA